CUCCUCUGAAGCCAAGAUAAUAAUAAAAACCUGUGGCCUGCUUUUGGUUCACCCCACCCCCAUAGCCACCGAUAUUCUACAAACGUGCUUGCAAUGCAAGAAGAUGGCAGUCAAACAGUCGUUUUCUUACACAGGAGGAAACGCACAGGGGACAUCCGAUGAAUGGGAGUCAAAUUCCAACACAGCGUUUACGGUGCGAGCUGUAGACUGGCUGAGCGAAGUGGAGAGUGAAACUGUGUUCUGGACCUACACAUUGAAUUUGGCUUAUAAUUUAAUGUACCGUACAUAAAGACGGAGGGAGUCCCACUUGUGUCUGCUUUUGAAAGUAUACGGAGUUACUGGAAUACAAAAGCGUGCAUAUGUUUUAUUCAUCGAUGGGCAAAAACAAAUUUUAAACGGUGCGGGCAUGGAAAAUGCGUGCCAGAUUGGGACACGCUGACAGAACAACCUCAGGAUAUAAAAAGUGAAGACCCAUCUGUGGUUAAAGUGAGGAUCCAUCUGUGGUUGGAAAGAAGCAAAACUUUGAUGCUGGAUCCUGCGAUGCCAGAGGAACCCAGUAAAGACCCCAUGACAGUGCCAGCAACCCCAGAAAGAGCUGUCAUGGAGAAGGCCAACAUCAAUGACCACACUCCGACUGUGACUAUAAUAGCUAUCCCUUUGGUCACUGAAAUCCAACUGAACGCGGCAACAGGUGGUGCAGAACUCUCCUGCUAUCGCUGCACAGUGCCGUUUGGUGUGGUCAUUCUCAUUGCCGGUAUUGUGGUCACUUCUGUGGCCUACAGCUUCAACUCACAUGGGUCCACCAUCUCUUACUUUGGGCUGGUGCUACUAUCUGCUGGACUGGUGCUAUUGGCGCUAAGUGCGGUAUGCUGGAAGAUGAGACUUGAGAGAAAGAAGGAGAGGCGGAGGGAAAGCCAAACUGCAUUGGUCGCAAACCAGAGGAGCAUCUUUGCAUGAAGGGAAAGACUGAUCAUCAGGAGAGAAAUAAGUCUGUGAUAUGUUUGGGUGCGAGAGGAAACAGAGGUAGUGGUUCAUUUGAAAGCAGAGUGGAGACAGCUGUAUCCAGAUGUUUUCAUGACUGACCAGCGUCAGUGAUGGGUCGUUGACCUGCAAGGCUUUGACCUCAGACUGUCUCUAGGCUAAGCAAGUCAAAACGUCUUAGCUUUCAUUAAGUUGUUGGGUUUUUAAUCUGUCAAACAGACUGGUCACAUCUGGGAAGCUGGGCAGACAGCCAAACUGAAUGUAUCAAAAUCAAGACAAAUUACCACUGUACAAAGCAAUGGAGAGGAUGUUUCCUCUCCAUUAAUCUACUGUUGCAUCUGGUGUCUUAGAUUUACUGGGAGGGAUAGUGGUUUGAAAAGAGGGGGACAUGGGAAAAUCCAGAACAAUGAAUCAUGUUUCAUUUACCAUGUUUUGGGCAUAACAUCUCUCAUAAAGUCUGAUUGUUCCUUUUCAUUUCACACAGAAUUAUGUUCAAUUACCUGACAUGGGAAUAUGGUACUUACAUGUUAAUAUGUAAUGAUAUAUAUUGGCAUUAUGGGGACACAAAAACGUGUUGUUUUUGUUUGAUAUAUAUUAUCGUAUUCUCUGAAACAAGUCGAGCUCAGAGAUAAAGCCAAUUAGAUGUCACACAGUAAUUAUGUAUAGUACCUAUGAUGUACCUAUGAUGUCAUAGGUAGUAUUGCAUUAUGAGGGAAUAUGAUUAUUGACAAAAUAUAAUUUACAUCGAAUUAACCUUUAUUAACUAUUCUCUGUAAGCACUGUUCCACACCAUGACUAACAUGGUGUUCUAUGUAACUAUGACGACAAGAUUCUUUGGAAUUACUAGCAUCUUGCCACAGUCUUGUUGUCACUACAGUACUUGCCAUUGUCAGUAAAUGUAUUUCAUAUGUUGAGCGAUAUGAAAUGUUCUAGUAUUUUAUUCCACUUUAAUAUAAUCAUUUUUAUGUAUGACUUCUCUGUUAACAGUACAUCAAUUGUUAAUAGGUUAUAGUGAGUAAACUCUCAUCCAUAUUUAAACAUUUCAUUUGUGUCCAUUUUCAUGAUCCAAAGGUUCACUAUGUAUGUAUUCUGAAGAGAACAGCUGAUAUAUAGGGGAGAAGUCGAAGUGUUCCAUGAGACAGUCUGGCUCAUAUCAGCUAUUAGCUUGACAUAUCAAAUUAAAUGAUCUUUCUGUUUAACACAACCACACAUGGUCUAUUUCAGCUUUGGGGGUUUUUAAUGACUGAAAUGACAUAAUAGAAUGUCUCUCACUUAAUGUAUUUGUCAAAGAAGAAAGAGUAGGGCAUAACUGCUAAAAGCAGAUAAGUGGUGUGACUUGAACAUUCAAUAGUGAAUUGAAGGAAGUGUGUCUUUCUCUCCUGACGUACACCACUAAGUCCAACUCCUUAUCCUGGGGUUCCAUUGUGUAUUCAACCUCAUGCACUUGUUCUGCCCUUUGUUGAUUGUUUAAACUGCUUUGAGGGCAGGUUUGCCUAGGAUUACAUUUCAUUCAUCUGCAGUGAAUGAAAUGUGUUCGUGAUAAGGAUAAUAAAUAUUGUUUAUGUAUUAUAGAAAUAAGUUACAGUAUUAAUA